AUGCGUCUUCCACCACGUCGCUUUUUAACGCCAGAUAAACGCAAAGAAAGAGACGGCGUCAUCUCCUCCGUCGUCGAAAAACCGCCGGAAGUCGCCGUGAUGAAGCUUCCUCCACCGUCAAAUCUUAAUCCUACUCCCGAGCUUGGUCAAGAAGACAUAUUUCAGGGUUGCGUCUCAAAACCAUACCACAUAACUCCACUCCACACGUCAAAAUCAGAGGCGGAUCGGAUAUGA